AUGGAAGAAGACGGCGCCUGCGAGUCAACAAAGUGCGACGUGUCGCUGCGCCAGCUCCGAGCAGACAAGCUGACCCUAGAGGCCGAGUCCAAUAGCGAGGAGGCCAAGUCAGAAGAGGAGUGGUACGUGGGCCUGGCCCACGGCGGAAAGUGGACAGGAGGCACGUGCUGGUGGCACGGCUGCGAUGGCAGCAGAGGCCCUACCAUGUGCCACCACUUCCGGUGCAUUUGCAAAGACGGCUACGUGGCGGCGGCUGGGAAGUGCUACCCGGACAAGCUGACCCCGUCCACCCACAUGGGCCUCCGACGCACGGAGGACACCUGCACGGUGCGGGGCUACUGCGCCGACGAGUUCGGGCCUGCGGCAUGCAUCGACGGCAGCUGCUUUUGCCUUGAGGGCUCGGUGCUCCAGAACGGCAAGUGCCAGGAGCCCAGCGUCAUCGGCGGUGGAACAGGAGGAGCGGAAGGAGCAAGCGGAGGAGCAGGAACAGAGGACAAAGAAGAAGAACAGGCCCCUGCCACUGAAAUGCUCACGACCACCGAAGAGCCGGAGGAGGAGGAGCCGGAGGUGGACCCGGACUGCGGCAUCCCCAAAGCGGGCACCGAGUGCUUCAAGAAGGUGAAGUGGGCAAUGAGCGACGGGAUCUAUGCCAACCCGACCUGGUACAAGGGCCUAACCCCCAACUCCCCGUUCACCAUGUUCCAGGACAACUUGUACCGCGCCGGGGAGGGCGGCUGCCCCCGGCCCUGCAGCGGGGGUUUGCCGGAGGAUCCUCUGCACUUCCCCAAGUCCGUGCUCACGCGGAAGACCCGGGGCAUGGAGCCUCCGAAGCACCCCUUCGAGUACAACGGGGUGGAGUGGCCCAAGAUGACCAUCCGCGGCACCAACACCCACGUCUUCGCGGUGGGGGACUGGGGCGGCCUUGCGGGCACGCUGCCCCACAACAGCCAGAUCAUCCAGUACACGGGGGGCCAGACCAUGGGCCCCCACACCAUGGGCAGAUAUCGCACGGACGCCAAGACCCACGACCUGUCCUGCAGCACACCCGAGAUGUCAGACUGCUUCGGCACCAACGGCACGAACUGCCCGGCACGAUGCGGCUGGCUCAAGGAUGUGGACGUGCCGGCUCAGCACCUGGUGGCGGAGCAGAUGAUCAAGCGCGCUCGGGCCAACAACCCGGACUACCUGCUGAACGUGGGCGACAACUUCUACUGGGGCGGCGUCUUUGGGAAGUGCGGGGCCACCCCCAUGUCCAAGGUCAACGACGUAACGCGCGCGCAGUUCAACUGGGUCUUUGAGAAUGUCUACAAGGGCCCCGGCCUGGAUGGGAAGCCUUGGCUCAGCGUCUUGGGCAACCACGACUGGGGCGGUCGUGAGAUGGACGCUGCCUGGGACCAGCAAAUCGCAUACACCUGGGUCAGCAAGAGAUGGGUGCUGCCUGCCCCCUACUGGAUGCAGACGGUGGACUACGUCGACCAAGGCUUCACUGUGGAGAUUUUCAUGAUCGAUUCCAACAUCGAGGAUGCUGAUGAGGACACCUCGGCGAACCCGGAGCACAACAUUUGCGGGGCGCUGCACAACCCCCCAGGCGCCAGCUGCGCGAAGAUCGGAGGGCCAUCCUCCAUCCAGGAGUGCCACGACUGGUUCCAGAAGCUUUGGGACGACGGGGCCGCCUGGGCCACCACGAAGCUUCAGAAGUCCGAGGCGGACUGGCAGAUCAUGGUCACACACUUCCCCUGCGGACACAAGACCAAGUUCUACAAGGAGCUUCACCUCAAGUACGGCCUGGACUUAUUGGUCACUGGCCACGCCCACUAUCAGCUGAUGUACUGGUCGCCCGAGAAGUUGGGUGGCUUGACCUGCUUCAUCACCGGCGGCGGUGGUGGCAUCACCUCGGAGAACAACGUGGAGCUGGAUGACCCCAACGACCACCAGUACGGCUUCUUCGACCUCACCAUGACCAAGGACUUGAUCACCAUCGAGUCCAUCAAUUGGCGGGGCAACGUCAUCAACACCGAGACCGUGGAGCAGUACACCGGCACGGACACCAGGAAGGCUGAGCUGGAGCCCUGUGUGGCUCUGGAGCCCGGGUCCAAGUGCUACAAGAGCGUCAUGUGGGCCAUGAAGGACGGCGUCUAUUCCAAUCCCGAGUGGUUCCCCGGACUCAAAUCGUCAUCUCCUGUGGCAAAGUUCCAGGAGUUGUUCUAUAAGCAGCAUAAGAACGAGUGUGGAAAGCCAUGCCUGGAUUAG